AUGGGCAUUUGUGCGUCAUGCCUCGGGCGGGGGAACAAGGACGUCUAUGACGAGGACGAAGAAUCACGGCUGCUUUACGACGACCCAAACAACGUGCAUUAUGGAAGCUUUGGGGAGCAAAGUGUAAAUGGACAGGAAGACCCGAUGGAGGUGCAACGAGAGACGGAGGCUCUGCAGCGCGUUGUUGCAAAGACGUCCGACAACAUGGUCGAUAUUUUCGAGAUUGCCCCGCAGGAUCACGCACAUCGGCCUGCGCCGACAACCUUUGCGUAUGCAGGGCAAGAAGCCCGCAUCGUGCGGUACCAACACCUUCUGUCGAAGCUGGCGUCGAAGGACGAAGCCCCAGCUGGUGUCCAAGUGGACUGGCUUCCCCAGGAAGACGACACGAUCGAAAUGCAACGCGGCGUCCCAGUACUCAAGGUCGAGUCGGACAAACCCCUUGUCGGUACAUUUGCAGAUGCAGCAGCGGCUAUGGUAUGA